AUGACGGCUGAAACUGUAGCCGAAGCUCUUAUUCAUGGUUGGGUCCAAUAUUUUGGGACACCCAGUUUUAUUACCACUGAUCAAGGUAGACAGUUCGAAUCUAAUUUGUUCAAGGAGUUAAAUCGACUUCUUGGAUGCAAGCAUUUACGCACUACUGCUUAUCAUCCACAAACUAAUGGCAUGAUUGAACGUUUCCAUCGCACCCUUAAAACUGCGAUCAUGUGUCACAAAGACAAGCGUUGGUAUGAUUCAUUACCUCUGAUACUUCUUAGUCUUCGAUCAACGUUCAAAGCUGACCUUGAAACCUCACCGGCAGAGUUAAUUUACGCUACGACGCUAAAAUUGCCAGGCGAUUUCUUUGGUGACAAACCCCUAGUUUACACAUCAGAUUUUGUCAACAAUCUUAAAAAUACUAUGAAUCAAUUAAAACCCAUUGUCACGUCUAAUCAUUCAAAUAACAAUUUUCACGUGCAAAAAGAACUUUUGAAUUCUUCGCAUGUAUUCAUUCGCGAUGAUUCUGUGCGACCACCAUUUAAGCAGCCCUAUGAUGGCCCAUUUAAAGUAGUGAAACAUAAAGAAAAACAUUUCGACGUUCUGGUAAAUGGCAAAGUAUCGACAGUAUCUCUGGACCGACUGAAAGCCGCAAUAAUAGACGAUGAUGCAAUUAAUGUCAACAAAGAAGAUAAUAAACAGAAAAUUGUACAAAAUAGUAUUAAGACAUCAAAUGUAAAUUGUAAUUCUAAAGAACACAUUAAUUCUAACAGUGCACCCACGGAAGUUGCAACACGCUCAGGUCGAGUAUCAAAAAAACCCGAUCGUUUUGUGACUUUCUUAACGUGA